AUGUCCAAGCAUCUCACCUACAUCGUGUGUCCCGACGGCAAACACAAGAACAAGCUGCAGAUUAUCAAAGAGUGCGAGAAGGCAGAGCAUUCGCAUCACGGGCUGCCUGUCGGGUACAAGAUUGUAGCGGACGAGCUGAAUGCAGGCGACAUUCCUAGCGCUCUGCAGACUCAAGCGGAUGAGGAUGUGCAUUACCAAGAAACCUUCCACGUUAGGCGCAUCCAGCAGCACACUCAAGUGGGGGAUGACGGGAUCGUAACGUUCGAUGUGCGGGAUGAUAUGCAGACUGCUAAGCGACAAGAAAGGGCAGGUCCAUCUGCAGAGAGUGGUGGGCACAAGAACGCUUGA